AUGACCAACACUAUUAUCAACUACAUCAACUACAUCACUACCAUCAUCGUCAAUCAAGAAUACAUCAUUCAAGCAGGCAUCAGCUUCUUUCGAUUGCCUGUUCGGAUGCCUUUGAUCGUCACUCAAACCGUUCGAGAAACCAUUGCAGCCGGUUUGGUUUGUGCGGCGGCGCUCUUGUUACUUUGGUACAUGGCGCUCGACCUAUACCGAAGCUAUCAAGCACUUUGCGAGCAACGGAGCUGCAACCGACAACAGCCUCCUGUUUCCAUUCUUCGUUGUCCAGGAGGGUUGUCUCAUCGCAAGAAAAACCAAAGUUGGUUUGGUGUGUUCACCAGAAAACCAAACCGUGUCCGUUUUGCCAAAAUCUUUCGUCGAACCUUUGUCCCAAACAAGCAAGAGCUACAAUCUCGCAGGGAAUGCUGGGGUCUGAUUCAGUGGCGCAUUCAACUUCACGACGAAGUAAUUCCAGAGAUAGAGAACACAGUGGGAUUCGUUCCACAUACUCCUAUCAAGAGACGGAAUGCCCAACGCUGGAAGCUCGAGUUCAAACCUACCGUGCUUGCCACCAUUAUUGAAGAUCCAGCAGAAGAAGAUUUGAGUGACAUUGACUCAUCUUUGGAUACUGGAUUUAUUGAUGGCAAUGUCGACUCUGAAACCAUUGCAAUUGCGCUCGAGAACCACCGACAACUGCUUCGAACCGUCCUUGAUGACAUGCUCUCCAAUAUUUCCGUACCAAUGGAUUUGGAUGAUGACGGCAACGUCGAGCCUAAUGACAUGCAAGAUGAAGCACCACAACUGUCACUCAAGAGAACCGCAACUUAA